AUGGCAAAGCAUGGAUCUCUCCUGUAUGCUUUCUCCAUUAUUCUCAUGCUCGCUGUGAGCUUACCGUCUGAAGCCGCUGAUCAGGAAGAUAGAAAGACAUAUAUUGUCUACUUGGGAUCACUUCCUAAGGAUCAGUUGUUCUCGCCAUUGUCUCACCACAUUGGUAUUCUCGAAAGCAUUACAGAGAGCAGCUCUCCGUCGAAUCUCUUGGUCAGAAGCUACAAAAAGAGUUUCAACGGAUUUGCUGCCAAGCUCACUGACCGAGAAAGAGAAAGGCUUGCUAACAUGGAGGGAGUCGUCUCUGUGUUUCUGAGCACAACUUACCAACUCCAAACAACACGGUCUUGGGAUUUCUUGGGUUUCAGUGAGAAGGUCAAACGAAACCCUACUGUCGAGAGCAAUGUUAUUGUUGGUGUCAUCGACAGUGGGAUUUGGCCUGAAUCAAAUAGCUUUAGUGAUGAAGGUUUUGGGCCAGCUCCCAAAAAGUGGAAAGGAGUUUGCAAAGGUGGCUUCAAUUUCACUUGCAACAACAAGCUCAUUGGAGCACGGUAUUACAUUGAUUCCACCGCUAGAGAUGAAGUAGGACAUGGAACUCAUACUGCCUCAACAGCAGCAGGGAAUCCCGUAGAGCCUGUGAGUUUUUAUGGACUAGCUCAAGGCAUUGCAAGAGGAGGAGUUCCCUCUGCGAGGAUUGCUGCAUAUAAAGUUUGCGGUUCAGAAGGGUGCAGUGUAGAUGGGAUCUUGGCUGCUUUUGAUGACGCCAUUGCCGAUGGAGUUGACAUCAUUACAAUUUCAAUUGCAAGUGAAACUGCUCCCCCGUUCCAUGAGGAUCCUAUAGCAAUCGGUGCUUUUCAUGCAAUGGAGAAAGGGAUACUUACCUCGAAUUCUGCAGGCAAUUAUGGCCCUGCAGAGCGUACUGUAUCAAGUGUAGCACCAUGGAUUCUUUCAGUUGCAGCAAGUAGCACAGAUCGUCGAAUCAUUGACAAGGUUGUUCUUGGAAAUGGAAGGACACUCGUCGGUAGUUCAGUGAACACUUUGGAAUUAAAUGGAAUGAGUUAUCCGUUGAUAGAAGGAAAGGAUGCGUUAAGAUCAAGUGGAUGCGUGGACUGUGAAGAUGGUUGCCUAGACCCUGAUUUAGUUAAGGGAAACAUUGUGGUAUGUCGCCAGGCAAAUGGCAGUAUCGAGGCUCAUCAUGCCGGUGCAAUAGGUGCAAUUACAAGCACUACCCGAUCUGAUGUAUCAUUCGUUGUCCCACUACCUGCCACAAGUUUUAGUAGCAAAGAUUAUGAUGUGGUGCAUUCCUACCUCAACUCCACAGCUAAACCUGUAGGGAACAUACUAAAAAGUGAAGUCAUAAAAGACCUUGCUGCACCCACUGUCGCUUCCUUCUCUUCGCGGGGGCCUAAUAAUAUUUUACCUGAAAUUAUCAAGCCAGACAUAACUGCCCCGGGGGUUGAAAUUUUGGCUGCAUUUUCACCUGUUGCUUCUCUGACAGUUAGCUCUGAAGACCUAAAAAGCUCUGAAGACCUGAGGCAUGUAAAAUACUGUAUACAAUCUGGAACCUCCAUGUCCUGCCCGCACGUAGCUGGUGUUGCUGCGUAUAUCAAGACAUUCCACCCCAACUGGUCUCCAGCUGCCAUCAAAUCAUCUAUCAUGACCACGGCUGGGCCUGUGAAUAACACCAGCAAUUCCACCGGUGAAUUUUUGUAUGGUUCUGGACAUAUCAAUCCUCUAAAAGCUGUAGAUCCGGGGCUUGUGUACGAAACUUCUAAGGAUGAUUAUAUUAAGUUGCUCUGCUCGAUCUUGGAUGAGGCGAGUGUUCGACUUAUAUCAGGUGAUGACCACCCUUGCUCUGCAAAGACCGGGAAAAAAUCUCCUAAGGAUCUCAACUACCCUUCAAUGGCAGGUACUGUUGCACCAGGGACUUCUUCGUUUUCGCUUAAGUUUCGUAGGACAGUUAAAAAUGUUGGCCUUGCAAACUCGACAUACAAGGCAAAUAUCAUCUCAAAGUCUGGAGUUGACAUCCAGGUGGUGCCUCAAGUUCUUUCCUUCAAGUCCUUGAACGAGGAGAAGGCAUUCGACGUGACAGUUUCCGGAAGAGGUAUGCCAUAUGGAUCACAUGUAUCUGCGUCGCUGGUGUGGACGGAUGGUACUUACAGUGUUCGAAGUCCAGUUCUUGUAUUCAGCCUCUAA